GAGGCCGGACCUCGCGAGCAGCCGCCGAGAAAGAUGGGGGAUGCCGCCGAGCCCCGGGAGCUGCGGAAGACCUUCAUUGUCCCAGCCAUCAAGCCCUUUGACCACUACGACUUCGCCAGGGCCAAAAUCGCCUGCAACCUGGCCUGGUUGGUGGCCAAAGCCUUUGGGACAGAAAAUGUGCCAGAGGAUCUUCGUGAACCGUUUUACACAGAUCAGUAUGACCAGGAGCACAUCAAACCACCCGUGGUUAAUCUGCUUCUUUCGGCGGAGCUGUACUGUCGAGCUGGGAGUCUUAUUCUCAAGAGUGAUGCUGCAAAACCCCUCUUGGGCCAUGAUGCUGUCAUCCAGGCGUUAGCACAGAAAGGUCUUUAUGUCACCGACCAGGAAAAAUUGGUAACGGAACGAGAUCUCCACAAGAAACCCAUACAGAUGAGUGCACAUCUGGCCGUGGUAGACACCCUGAUGAUGGCGUACACUGUGGAAAUGGUCAGUGUCGAGAAGGUAAUUGCGUGUGCCCAACAGUAUUCAGCCUUUUUUCAAGCAACGGACCUGCCCUAUGAUAUUGAGGAUGCUGUCAUGUACUGGAUAAAUAAGGUAAAUGAACAUUUGAAAGACAUAAUGGAGCAAGAGCAGAAAUUGAAAGAACAUCACACCGUCGAAGCUCCAGGAGGUCAAAAGUCUCCUUCCAAAUGGUUUUGGAAACUGGUUCCAGCUCGAUAUAGGAAAGAGCAAACAUUGCUUAAGCAACUGCCUUGCAUUCCUUUGGUAGAAAAUUUGUUGAAGGACGGUACAGAUGGCUGCGCCCUCGCUGCUCUCAUUCAUUUCUACUGUCCCGAUGUUGUCAGACUAGAGGACAUUUGUUUGAAAGAAACUAUGUCUUUGGCUGAUAGCCUAUAUAACCUGCAGCUGAUUCAAGAAUUUUGCCAAGAAUACCUGAACCAGUGUUGCCAUUUCAGCCUUGAAGACAUGCUCUACGCGGCUUCCUCCAUAAAGAGUAAUUAUUUGGUGUUCAUGGCAGAACUCUUCUGGUGGUUUGAAGUUGUGAAGCCAUCGUUUGUGCAACCACGUGUUGUCUGCCCACAAGGAGCUGAACCUGCAAGAGAGGGGUCUUCGGUUCCUGUCCUGAAUGCGGCCAAAAGCAGGGUCUUGCAGAGCUCAUGUAGUUCCGACUUCAGUUCAAGUAAGGAAGGGGCUGCCUUCACACAGUCCCAUCAUCGUUUGCCUUCUAGACAGUCACGUCCCCACACUCAACCAUCAGCCUCAGGAGGAAUUAGGAGGUCUUCAUCCAUGUCUUAUGUUGAUGGCUUCAUAGGCACAUGGCCCAAAGAGAAAAGGUCAUCGGUGCAUGGAGUUUCAUUUGAUAUUUCUUUUGACAAAGAAAGUAGUGUACAGAAAUCCACUCCAAACAGAGGAAUCAUUCGUUCUAUUAGUAAUGAAGGACUUACUCUGAAUAACAAUCGUGUCCCUAAACACAUUAGGAAAAAUUUGUCCUUCAAGCCAGUGAAUGGAGAAGAGGAAGCAGAAAGCAUUGAAGAAGAACUGAAUGUAGACCCUCACCCUGACCUCAAGUCUUAUGAGCCCCUUAACACAAAUGAACUAAAUGCUAAUGAAAACACUCCUUAUAAGCUUCCAAAUGGAGCAUUGCAAAAUAGAGUACUGCUAGAUGAGUUUGGCAAUCAGAUCUUAACGCCAAGUAUCGAAGAAGCAUUACAAAUCAUUCAUGAUACUGAAAAAUCUCCCUCCACACCUCAGCCAGACCAAAUUGCCAAUGGCUUCUUUCUCCAUAGCCAGGAAAUGAGUAUCCUAAAUUCAAAUAUCAAGCUAACUCAAUCUAGCCCUGAUAACCUAUCUGAUAUGAAAGGUGCCUUGAGUCCCAUAACUGACAACACGGAAGUAGACACUGGAAUUCAUGUUCCUUCCGAAGACAUUCCGGAAACUAUGGAUGAAGAUUCUUCGCUGAGAGAUUACACUGUCAGCUUGGACUCCGACAUGGAUGACACCUCAAGGUUUCUGCAGGAUUUCGACAUGCGAGGCGGCACCUCCAGAGAAGCGUCGAGUCCUUGUCCCAGUACAAUAAGUACCAAGUCUCAGCCAGGCAGCAGUGCUUCCUCUAGUUCUGGGGUUAAAAUGACCAGCUUUGCCGAGCAGAAGUUCAAGAAACUGAACCACACCGAUGGAAAAAGUAGCGGAAGCAGUUCUCAGAAAACAACACCGGAGGGUUCUGAACUGAACAUUCCGCACGUGGUCGCUUGGGCACAGAUCCCAGAAGAAAAGGGCCUUCCACAAGGCCGGGACACCACCCAGCUGCUUGCUUCUGAAAUGGUGCAUCUUCGGAUGAAACUCGAAGAGAAACGGCGUGCCAUAGAAGCCCAGAAGAAGAAGAUGGAAGCCGCCUUCACGAAGCAGAGGCAGAAGAUGGGGAGGACAGCAUUCCUUACUGUGGUAAAGAAGAAAGGAGAUGGGGUCUCUCCUCUCCGAGAGGAAGCGGCCGGGGCUGAAGACGAGAAAGUAUAUACUGAUCGAGCAAAAGAAAGGGACCCACAGAAAGCUGCUGGUCAAAGGAGCAAGUCUCUGGCCGAUAUCAAAGAAAGCAUGGAGAAUCCUCAAGCCAAGUGGCUAAAGUCUCCGACCACACCCGUCGAUCCUGAGAAGCAGUGGAACCUGGCAAGCCCCUCGGAGGAAACGCUGAACGAAGGAGAGAUUUUAGAGUAUACCAAAUCCAUCGAAAAGUUGAAUUCAUCCCUGCAUUUUCUACAGCAAGAAAUGCAGCGCUUGUCUCUGCAGCAGGAAAUGUUAAUGCAGAUGCGAGAGCAGCAGUCUUGGGUGGUUUCACCGCCACAGCCCUCUCCACAGAAACAGAGUCGGGAUUUCAAACCUGCCAGGCAGACAGGCCUGCCGUCGCCCGCAGUGCCCUUCUCUUCAGACCCCCCUCGCCCCGCUCACCCGUCUCCACAGUCUUCUAACAGGAAGAGCGCAUCCUUUUCGGUUAAGAAUCAAAGGACUCCGAGGCCAAAUGAGUUAAAGAUUACACCUUUGAAUCGCACCUUGACACCCCCUCGGUCUGUAGAUAGUCUUCCUCGGCUAAGGAGGUUUUCACCAAGUCAGGUUCCGAUUCAGACGAGGUCGUUUGUGUGUUUUGGAGACGAUGGAGAACCUCAGCUGAAGGAACCCAAACCUAAGGAGGACGUCAAAAAGGAGGACUUGGAAUCCACGGAGACUUUGGAUCGGCACCCACGUAGUCCAGAAGACAAGGAGAUCAAACCUUUGCAGUCCACAGUGUCUGAGGUCCUGUCCCAGCCUAUCACGGAGACUGUGUGCCUAACACCGAACGAGGACCAGCGGAGUCAGCCCCCAGAGCCGCUUCCUAAACUGGUUUUUCCACCGACAGCCCCGAAAAAUGUCAAUCUAAUUGAGGUCUCCCUCUCCGACUUGAAGCCCCCUGAGAAGGUGGAGGUAGCCGAUGAAAAAGACGACGGGGAAAGUGAUAAAGAGCAGUUUGAUGAGGACCAGAAAGUGUGCUGUGGAUUCUUUUUUAAGGAUGAUCAAAAAGCCGAAAACGACAUGGCGAUGAAACGCGCAGCUUUGCUGGAGAAGCGAUUAAGAAGGGAGAAAGAAACCCAGCUUCGGAAGCAACAGCUGGAAGCGGAAAUGGAGCACAAGAAAGAAGAGACCAGGCGUAAAACUGAGGAAGAGCGUCAGAAAAAAGAAGACGAGAGAGCGCGCAGAGAAUUUAUUCGGCAAGAGUACAUGCGGCGGAAACAGCUGAAGCUCAUGGAGGAUAUGGACACAGUCAUCAAGCCCCGCUCCCAGGCAGCAAAGCAGAAAAAGCAGCGCCCCAAAUCCAUUCACAGGGACCAUAUUGAGUCCCCCAAAACACCCAUAAAAGGUCCUCCAGUCUCUAGCCUUUCUCUGGCGUCACUGAACACGGGCGACACUGAGAGCGUGCACUCGGGCAAGAGGACCCCUCGGUCGGAGUCUGUAGAAGGUUUCCUGUCUCCAAGUCGUUGUGGCAGUCGAAACGGAGAGAAGGACUGGGAAAAUGCGUCCACGACUUCCUCCGUGGCUUCUGGAACCGAGUACACAGGACCGAAGCUCUACAAGGAGCCCAGCGCAAAAUCCAACAAGCACAUCAUACAAAACGCGUUAGCUCACUGCUGUUUGGCGGGGAAAGUAAACGAGGGUCAGAAGAAGAAGAUACUAGAGGAAAUGGAGAAGUCAGACGCCAACAACUUCUUGAUCUUGUUCCGGGAUUCAGGCUGCCAGUUCAGGUCUUUGUAUACUUACUGCCCAGAAUCUGAAGAAAUCAAUAAACUGACAGGGAUAGGCCCAAAGUCUAUCACUAAAAAAAUGAUCGAGGGGCUUUAUAAAUAUAACUCGGACCGGAAACAGUUUAGCCAGAUUCCUGCAAAAACUCUCUCUGCCAGUGUCGAUGCGAUUACCAUUCACAGCCAUUUGUGGCAGACCAAGAGACCAGUAACACCGAAAACAUUUUUACCCACUAAGGCAUAGGACUUGGGAAAUACCUGCUUCAGAACAUUCGUGGUAAAUUUGCACUUCAUCUUUCCUGCCUAUAGAAAAUCUUUCUAAUUGCCAACAAGACUUUUAUUAAUUAGAACUGGACAUUCGGCUCCGUUGUUACAACAACUGGAAUGUAACGUAAGCCACAGUGUUUGGCGUGUGGAAGAGCCCCACGUAGGUGACGCGCCGAGUGAUGGUGGACGUGUUCCGCUUCACAAGUGGAGAGUGGCACGUGUGGUCAGGUUCAUCCGCUUGACACUCGGGUGCGGCGUGCUGAAGCACUGAGCUUCCUUCCGUACUAGUUGGACUUAGGGUUGAAAUACGGCUAAGAGUUCUGUGUUGUAUUUGUUGCUUUUUUUAACCUUUCAAUGUACACUAUUGUCUUAAGAUGGUUUAAUUUGCUAUUUUUCUUUCCUAGGAUUUAUUCUAAGAUACAUUUUUUGUUUGAUGUGGAAUCAUGAGAGUAGACGAUACCUUUGGAAGGAACAUGCACCUUAAGGUGCAAAGAGAAACACUAGUGUUCAGAUUGACAGUGAUCUUCAUGUUUUAACGGUGUUAAAGCAUCUGCUAAAAUUCCUCCACUAAGUAUUUACAAUUCUGUAUUUAUUAUUCGCGCAAGUAUUAACAUUUCUCUAUUUGGGCAGUGGGGGGAGGGAGGUUGUAGAAGAGCUGCUGGUAGGUUCGCUGUAAACCAGGAGAGUCUGAACCAAGAAGAUACCAAGUUGCUGAUAAAUCAGGGCUGGUUAUAUGCCACUGCUGACCCACUCAGUAAUGCAGGUGGUUCUUGUAACUAAAAAGACUCUGUUAUCUUAAAGUAAGUCACUUUAUAAGCCGCAGAAGUGGAUGACAUUCUGAAAGUUGUCUCUCAAACUGAAGAUGUAGGACUUCCUGUUACAAGUGCUCAGGGGGUCUCUACACUAUAUUUAUAACUGAUAGGGAAAUUAUAUUUAGACUUUUUAGACAUGUGCAAAGGGCUGCAUUUUCAUUUUAAGAUAGCUUCACAUUAUUUUACUUAUAUUGAGUUUUCCAUUUUCUUUUUAGUCUUUUCAAAUCGAACACCUUUGAAAUCUCCUUCACGUGUUGUUAUUUUGUUGUGUUGUGUUACAAUGUAUUCCAGAGGGUUAGUGGGGAAAAACUUCAUUCUCAGGAAAAGACUUGAAUGAUUAUGUGACCCUGUUUUGUUUCAGUGUUGUGACAACUGUGUGGAAGUGGGUGGGUGGAGACAGUAUUGUAUCAUAAACGAGAUGCUUAGUAUGUUUUCGUUCAUGAGAAGUAGAGACUAAAAUAUGUACAUUUCUCUUAUUGAGUGGUGUAGAGAGAGAACUAAUGUCUCAUAUGAUGUAUUUACUUAUUUUAAACAAGGAAUAGGAAUGAGAUGUCCCUGCACUGUACUUUUUUAUUAUUCUAAGGCCCUUAGGCAUCAGUGCAUCUGAGUUAUCAACACUUUCUCAAAUGCUGUCGAUAUUUUACUAUAAUUUAUGUUCUUAUAUUUAUGUAUAUUUGUUAAAACUGUAAAAAAAAUUGCACAGAUUUUUUUCCAAUAGCUGUGCAAGUUAUAUGUGUAGCUCAAAACUAUUUGUGACCUACUGUUUGCAUGUAAGAGACCAGGAUACGUAACUCUUAUAUUUUAAGUGAAUACAUAGUGUGUAUAUAAUAUAUGACUAUUAAAAAUGGGGAUUGGCACAUUUUACCUUGAGGAGAACAAUUUCAAUCACAAUCAGAAGGAAAUGAUUAUCAAACACAUGUUUAAAUUAAAACUAAUUUUUGCAAAAGGAAGCAAACCUAAUCAAAAUGAAUUGAAUAGUCAAAGAAUUACUAAACAUUUUACAUUAUUAAAUUGCCUGUAUCAAAGCAGCCUUAGCCUUCUUCACAAUAUGACUUGGCUAUUAAAUUAAGGGAGAAAUGGAAGUAAACAAUGGGGGAACUAUCCAGAACUAAAUGGGACCACCACUUAGGCUUCGAUUAAUGUAUGUCCAACAGUGGGUUGCCGUGUCUGUAGUAUCUAAAGGUGGAAUGUGAAUGUUGCCAUGAAAGCUCAUUGCUUCUCAGUAUACUUUACUAAUGCAGAAGAAACACGGAUACAUUUCUUUCAGCCUGCAGUGUCUUUGUUCUUGUUUUGCCAUUGCAGCUUUCAUUGGAAUCAUGUUUUUAAAAUUAUACAAAUGACAAUUAUGCCAUUUCAUAAAGGUCUGGGGAUUCUCGUCCACCUGACUGAACCCACAGGUGCUCUCAUCAUUGGAGGUGGAGUUACUACGAGGACAGUUCUCUGUCAGACUUGCCAAAUACUUGUCCUAGGUCCCAGGUGGACUGUUGAGCGCUGCUGUGAACCGCACAGCUUUGGAACGCUUUCAUUCCUCUCAGUUCUUUCACUUUUGUCUUAGGGUGUUCGGGUUUUUAUUUGGCUGUUUAAAGCCAAAUGCAGCUAUUUAAUGAUGGUUUCCUGAACCCUGCCGGGCAGUGCACGAGCUGUGGUGCGCUCCCCCGGCCACUCUAGAAUGUUGCUUACAGGUUUUUAAGAUGCUGUGCUGUACAAUUCUGUCAUUUGCUAUUUCCUGGUACAAUGUAGUUUUCCCCCCUUUCAGUUGAAUAAAAGCAUGGCACCAAA